CUCCACGUCCUCGUUGCUCUCUGUUGGGUUUCCAAUCAAUCAAGCAAUCAUGGUUUUAAAAUUACUUUAAUGGAAUAUCAUUUCUUAAAUAGAAAAACCUAUCCAACUAUUUUUUUUUUUAAUUUAAAGAUUCUAAAAAGCUGGUAAAGUAUCUCAGUAACCUCUUUGCCUCAUUUCAGUUUGUAUUUCCUUUGUCAGUCUCGUCGUCAGUCAACAGAUUGCCAGUUCCUUUAAUAAAAUCGAGAGUGUUAGAAGUUCAGGUAAUCCCCCGGAUCGCCACUUGUCCCCUAAAUGGCGAUGGAGCGGCGAAGACCCCGCGGAUCCUCGCCCCAUUUUCUGCGUGCCCAGUCGUCGCAUCCAUCCCCGUCGUCGCCACCAAGGACUCCCCAUCAGCAGAAUGGCACCAGAGCCGCAACAAUCACCUCCCUUCUGAGUGGACGCCUGAAUCGGGUGGCCCGCCUGGCGCCGCGCGGCCUGCGAUUCACCGAAGAUCCCGUCGAAGGUGCUCCGUUCGCACCGGAACGAGAGUCACAGGAGUCGGCGGGGACCGUGGAGGUGAAUCCCGGGGUAAUGGUCGUGCCCGAGGCGGCAAGUCCCCGGGGAUCGGCGAUUCAUGGCCCACCGGGCAGCCUGACGUUCGCCGGCCCACGGGAUUCGGAGAGUCCGCGGAUAUCGGCCGAAGUGCCGGACGCCUUUAACAUCGCCGCCGCGCGAACCUCGUCGCUUGCCGGAGCGCAAGGCAACCUGCGAUUUGGACCCACCACUGGCGGUGGCAGUGACGAUAGCACCACCGCACCAACAACAGCGGCCAUCAACUUUGCAGAGGACCCGGUCGCGUUCGAAAGGAACCGAUUCAGCAGUGAACUUGAGGGUGAGUACGAUGACAAUGGUAACAACGAUCGGAUGGAGAGCAGUCCAGAUAUUGGCACCUGCCACGGCGGCUGGUCGCAGCGGCAGCAGCAACCGGCGGCUGGCGGACACGCCGGCAGGGACACACUGGGAUUCGCCAUCCAUCUGGGCACCGCCACCUUGGGCCACACCCGCUGCAGCUUGGGCACCGCCUGCGGCGAUGAUUGUGGCUAUGGCACCGGCUGCGAUGCCGGCUGUCGCGAUGCCCACGGCGUCGAUGAGAGCAGCUUCAUGAUACCCGGCACUUUGGGACAGCCCGGCAUAUUAAUGGCAUCGGGUGGAAACGCCAGCCAGCGAGGAGUCCCAAUGGGAGCCUCCGGUGGGUAUCCCAGUGCGGCAGCUGGCUACAAGCCAAUGGGACCCGGUCCCGCCCAGCGCAGUUCGCAAGACACCGAUUUCGGCAGCGAUCAGUUGAACUACUUCGUCACCUUCCUGCUGGAGGUGCUCGGUGUGCUAGUCUUCUUUGCCAUCUGCACCAUAACCUUCUGGAUAACCUUGGGCUACCACGUUGUUCAGCUACUCGUGGACCUUAAGAACGCUGAUCGGAAUGUCCAAGUGGCGGUGGCCAUCGUUUUCGGGCUGCUGUUCAUCGCAUUUGCCAUUUCGCAGGUGACCAAUCGCACGGGAUCCUGCUGCCAUGCCCGCGAUCGAGCUCGUUCUCGACACAAAGGCCAUGGCUUUUGGCCCUUUCGCUGUUCAUCGAAGUCCAAGCCAAAAGCAAAAUCGAACAGCUGUGCCAGGAAAUGGUCUUCCGCGCCAAAAACAAAGAGCGAUGGAGGCGGUUGUCGGCGGAAAAGUAUUUGCGGAGCCAAAUUGGAAAGCCGAAAGCCACGCUUUACCGACUGCGAGGGUCGAGCUAUCUUCCUCAGCUCCAGACGUUAUGCCAUACCCACGGAGAUGAAACAACCGCCUACCAUUGUCCUCUGGCUGCGCGAUGUCGUUGCCCGCAUGUUGCGAUAACCUCUGAGGAUACGUUGGCCCCAUGUUGGGCGCCAAAAAAGGCUUCGAUUUCAACUAAUUUCAGACUGACAGGGGUGGAACUUUGAACACUGAUCAAGGAUUUUGGAACACACACUUUCUACUUCUACCUUUAAAUUUCAAGUUCAAUAAACUAGUUAUAAAGCUAA